GCUUAUAAUGAAGUUUCUAGUCUCAAUAUAUAGGCUACAUUAUAUAAACUACAUUAGAUGGGUAAUAUAUGUUGUGCUUCAAAAUGUUUAAAGCAUGGUUUUUUUGGAUCAAUGUGGUAUUCGUCGUGGUGGUCUAAGUAUGAAAAAAGAAGAGCAAGAAACCAUCAUCAUCAAGUCAAAAACCAUAAGGCUAAUAGACCAAAGACACCUCCACGGGUCGUGUUUAUACCACAAGAAGAACAUAAACCGGCCCAACAAGUUCAGCCCGUGGUUCCUUAUAACGAAGUGAAAGAACAUGGAAAGCAGUUUGGAAAAUCUGUAAUAGUAAAGCAACAAAGCAAAUCAACACAAAGAAACGCGCAAAGUAGUGUAAGACAUCCAAAGCAUAGGAGGAUAAAGUCGAGUGCAGGCCUUUUAGUUGAUAAAGUCUUGAAAACAAAAACUGGGUUUUUGAAAGAUCACUAUACAAUGGGUUUGAAACUGGGACAUGGACAAUUUGGUACAACUUCUGUUUGUAUAGAUAAGAAAACAGGGAAACAAUUUGCUUGCAAAUCCAUUUCAAAGAGGAAGUUAGUGACGGAAGAUGAUGUGGAGGAUGUCAGAAAAGAAGUUGAGAUUAUGCAUCAUUUAUCCGGUCACCCGAAUGUAGUCACAAUUGAAGGGGCUUAUGAAGAUGCUUAUGAAGUCCAUUUGAUCAUGGAACUUUGUGCAGGAGGUGAACUAUUUGAAAAAAUUGCACAAAAAGGCCAUUUUACAGAACGGAAAGCAGCUGAUCUUCUUAGAACUAUUGCUAGUGUUAUCGAGGCGUGUCAUUCCUUAGGAGUUGUGCACCGGGAUCUUAAGCCCGAAAACUUUCUUUUUGUUGAUAAAGACGAAGAUUCACCUCUUAAAAGUAUUGAUUUUGGAUUAUCAGUUUUCUUUAAGCCGGGUGAAAUUCUUACUGAUAUAGUAGGAAGUCCUUAUUAUGUUGCACCAGAGGUGUUGUUAAAACAUUAUGGUUCCGAAAUAGACAUUUGGAGUGCUGGAGUGAUCCUUUACAUUCUUCUUUCCGGGGUGCCACCCUUCUGGGGAGAGACGGAGACCGAUCUAUUUAGGGAGAUACUAGAGGGUGAAAUUGACUUUUCCUUCAGUCCAUGGCCUGGUAUCUCUUCAAGUGCUAAAGAUUUGAUACAGAAAAUGCUUAUUAGAGACCGAAGUAGACGCAUAACUGCUCAUGAAGUUCUUCGUCACCCUUGGAUCAGGGUAGAUGGUGUUGCACCAGACAAGCCUCUGGAUCCUGCAGUUUUGACUCGGUUAACUCAGUUUUCUGCCAUGAAUAAGCUCAAGAAAAUGGCUCUAAGGGUGAUUGCAUCAAAACUUUCGGAAGAAGAAAUUGGAGGCUUAAAGCAAAUGUUCAAGAUGAUUGAUACAGACAACAGUGGUUGUAUAACUUUUGAUGAAUUGAAGGAUGGACUAAAAAGAUUUGGUGCUGAUCUUGAUGAAUCUGAGAUUCAUGAUCUAAUGCAGUCUGCAGAUAUUGAUAACAGUGGCACUAUAGACUACGAUGAAUUUGUAGCUGCAACACUGCAUUUUACCAAAGCUGACAGGGAGGAUCGUUUAUUUGCUGCUUUUUCGUAUUUUGACAAAGAUGCUAGUGGUUAUAUUACACGUGAUGAACUUCAAAAAGCCUGCAAGGAGUUUGGAGUUGAUGAUAUCCAUUUGGAAGAAAUUAUCAAAGAAGUUGAUCAGAACAAUGAUGGUCGUAUAGAUUACAGCGAGUUUGUUGCAAUGAUGCAUAAGGGAACUGCUUCUUUGGUUAGGAAUCAAACCAAGAAUAAAUUUAGCACUGGAUUCAAAGAGCCAUUGCCCGUUUUAUGAUUUCUAGUAUUCCUUGUCUCCACAUUUAAGAUAGUAUUUGUAUCGUGUUGUAGAUGUAUGCAAAUCAGUGUGGACUAAACAUGAACAUUAAUCAUUAUUAGAAGUGUAUGAAUCCUUAG